GUCCAUACAGCUUCCUUUCCAUUUCGCAGAGGGUAGCGCCAUGAAGUUGAACAUUGCCAACCCAGCCACUGGCUGCCAAAAGUUGAUCGAGAUUGACGAUGAACGUCGUCUCCGCGGUUUCUAUGACAAGCGUAUGUCCCAGGAAGUCUCUGGUGAUGCUCUCGGUGACGAGUUCAAGGGAUACGUUUUCCGUAUCUCCGGUGGUAACGACAAGCAGGGUUUCCCUAUGAAGCAGGGUGUCCUCUUGCCUUACCGUGUCCGUCUCCUCUUGAGCAAGGGUCACUCUUGCUACCGUCCUCGCCGCACCGGUGAGCGCAAGAGAAAGUCUGUUCGUGGUUGCAUCGUCGGCUCUGACCUCGCCGUUCUCUCGCUCGUCGUUGUCAAGCAGGGUGAGCAGGACAUCCCCGGUCUUACCGAUGUCACCGUCCCCAAGCGUCUCGGUCCCAAGCGUGCCUCUAAGAUCCGCAAGUUCUUUAACUUGAGCAAGGAGGACGAUGUCCGUAAGUACGUCAUUCGUCGUGAGGUCCAGCCCAAGAACGCCGAGAAGAAGACCUACACCAAGGCCCCCAAGAUCCAGCGUCUUGUCACCCCCCUCACUCUCCAGCGCAAGAGACACAGAACCGCCAUCAAGCGCAGAAGAGCAGAGUCCUCCCGCGAGGCCGAGGCCGAGUACAAGCAAUUGUUGGCCAAGCGCGUCAAGGAGACCAAGGAUCGCAAGAUCGCCAGACGCAGAACCUCUUCUAUCCAGAAGUCUGCUUCCGCUUAAUUGCCCUUCUUCCAACUCCAUUGUGCCACCCCUGACGUUUGUAUUUUAAUAAAAAUGUUUUGGAUCAUAUCAUUUUCAAGAUU